AUGAUGGCACCAGUCGGGAGCUCGGCCGGGGCCGGGAGGCGCCCCAGGGACCGGAGCAGGUGCCGAGGCCGGCGAGGCUCGCUCAGCGCAGCGCUCCCGCAGACGAGCCGCGGGCCGCCAGAGCCCACCCGCGGGCAGCCGGGGAUGCCCGCUCGCCCAGCCGGGGAUGCUCGCUCGCCCAGCCGGGGAUGCCCGCUCCCCCAGCCGGGGAUGCCCGCUCGCCCAGCCGGGGACGCUCGUUCGCCCAGCCGGGCCGCCUGCCCAGGGAAUGCCUCCGGCGGCCGCACCAGGCUCCGCGGCCGCUGCGCAUCCCGCCCCGCUCCUCCGCCGCCAGCGCCGGCGCCAAGGGCAGCCCCCACUCGCCCCUCCGGUACGGCCCCGCCGCGCCCCGGCCCGGCCGCCCCGCGGGUGCCUCACCUCCGCCGGCGCCCGGGAGAUGCGGAGCGGCUCCCGGAGCCUUGCAGCGCUCACCGACCCUCGCCGCCGGGGGAGCAGAGGGAUGCUCUGCUGAGCGAAGGGCUGCUGCCAGUAGCUGCGCCGAGCCGAGCCGAAUCGAGCCGAGCCGUGCCGCCCGCCGCUGCGGCAGGACCGCCGCCGCCGGCUGAAUAUGCUGUCUCACGGUGGACAGGCUCCUCCCGAGAGCUGCUGUUGCCGCUUUCCUCCUCCCGCCCCCUCCUCCUCCUCCUCCUCCGCCCCGCGCCCCCGGUAGCGACACCCCCGUGGGGCCGGGGCGGGGCCGGGGGGCGCGGGGCAGGUGGCGGCGGAGGGACCGCUCCGUGUCCCCGCCCGGCCCCCCGGCAACUCCGGCCUCAAGUGCGCUCUCUCGGCUCCUCCGUGCUCCCCUCGCUGUCACCGCCACAGCGGCGCAGGCUUCGCCCCAGAACGGCCGAGCUCGGCUGUCAGCACAGCACCGGCUUCACCGUCAGCCCCACCACAGCCCGGGCAGCAUCCCCCGCCACCUCCGCAGCAUCCCUGACACCAUCCCAUGGCUGCAGCCGGCAGCCCCACGGCAGCCGAGGCAGCAUCCCCACCACCAUCCUCACGGCAGCAGUGGCAGCCCCACAGCGGCUCAGCCAUCACCCUCUAAGCUGCCCAGGAUAUCCCCCCGGGCCAGCCUCACCAUCGCCCCACGGCAGCCUGGCCAUCAGCCCCGCAGCAGCCUGGCCAGCUGUCAUGACACCAGGCUCCUGCUUAGUCCUAUCCCUUUCUGGGAGAACAGAGAGAGCUCCAGAACAGAUGAACGAGACCAAGCUUUCAUGGUUAAAUAAGGACCAGACAGAGUGCCCAAACACAGAGGUUUUGCUUAGUACCUGUUUGCUCACACCACUCAUGGGGACAGGUACCAGACAGGAUUUCUAG